GUUGCCAUGGCUACUGGUCAAGUUUUGUUUCAAAGGUUUUAUUACUCCAAAUCAUUUGUUCGACACAUGAUGGAGGUUGUUGCAAUGGCAUGUAUUACUCUGGCUUCUAAAAUUGAAGAAGCACCUCGUAGAAUAAGAGAUGUUGUAAAUGUUUUUCAUCAUAUUAAACAAGUGAAAUCUGGAAAAACGAUUCAGCCACUUAUAUUGGAUCAAAAUUAUAUUAACUUGAAAAAUCAAGUGAUAAAAGCUGAAAGAAGAAUUUUAAAAGAACUUGGAUUUUGUGUUCAUGUGAAACAUCCACAUAAGAUUAUUGUAACCCUCUUGGAAGUUCUGAAGGUAAAGAAUAAAAAGUUAAUGCAGACUGCUUGGAAUUAUAUGAAUGACAGCCUCCGGACAGAAGUCUUCGUUCGACAUGAUCCUGAGACGAUAGCUUGUAGCUGUAUAUAUCUCAGUGCCAGGCUUCUACAGUUCCCACUCCCAAAUAAGCCUGCUUGGUUUUUGGUGUUUAAUGUAAGUGAGCAAGAUAUCAUCCAGAUAAGUCGUACGAUUUUAUCGGUGUACACACGAAAAAAACCUGAUCCGGAGAAACUGGAAAAAAUUGUUGAAGAACUUCGAAAAACACAUCAAGAGGCCAAAUUAAAAGCUAAAGGAAUUGCAGUCCAGAACAAAAUAGCUAGUUUAUCCCCAGCAUCACAAACUUGUUCUCCUACUAAUGGCACAAAAUCUCCUUUAAAUGAUAAAAAGGAAAGAAAUGGAUCCAAACACUAUGAUUCUAGCCCUAACCGUUCAACUAAAGAUAUGAACCAUCGGAAGCGUAAAAAUGAUUCUCCGUUUGAUGAUGGCUACAGUCCAGAAAUCAAGAAGAAGAACAAAACCAGUUCCUCAGGCAGUGCCUCCAGUCGUAGUCCAAGUCCAAGAAGAAAAACAAAAACUCCACCCAGAGGCUUCAAAGAGUCCCAUCGAUCCCGGUCACGAUCCAAGUCCAAGACGAGGAGUUCAAAGAAAUUAAAACACAGGAGCAGUCACAAGAGGAAACACAGUCAUAGUCCAUCACCAAUCCUUUCCCCUAGUCAUCACAGCAACAAGAAAUCAUACAAAAACAAACAUUCAGAAAAAACUCAUCAAGCAAGGUCACGAUCCAGGUCUCAUGAGCGGAAUCAUCAUUCAAACUCUCUGCACGAAAAAUCUCACAAAGUUCGCAAGGAAAGAGUAAAAGAGAAUCACCAUUCUCGUGAUAAGAAAAGGAGGUGACCGCUCCUUUAAUUAUUCAUUUGAUAGUGAUUGUAAUUAAUCUUUGCCACAUUUUGUACAUAGAUGUCAUAAAUUUGUGAGGAACUCCAAUUUGCAAAAGUGUUACCUUUUGGUUUGUCCCCCUUUCUGCCUCUCUUUUUUCAAUGAAAGUCCUCCAUUAAAAAACCCUCCUUUUAUCAAUUUUUGAAAUUAAAACUUUAGUUUUCAUAUGUUCUCUAUGGUGUUACACAGGUUCCUGGUUACUUCAGUAACAAGGUCAUUGAACCUUUUUUGAAUUCCACUAUGUUUCAAUAAUGAUAUAGAAAAAUGAGAUUAAUUUUACAAGUUUCCCUUUCGACUUUUUGUUCAACAUAGAUCAUUAUGUUAUUAAUUUAUUUUACGUAAGUAUAUCUUUUGUGUCAUACAAUAAACCCUUGGUAACUGAAAGUCCCAAUGUACUGGGAAACUUCCAGUUACGGGAAGUUCCCAAACUUCUUUCGAGUUUGGGCCCAAUGAAAACUUUAAGGUAAAGGAAUGUUCGACUUAUAAGGCUUCGAAUUGUCGAGAGUUUCUUAUAAAAUUAAACGAUUAUCAUAGAAAAUAAGUGUUUUGCUGCAUUUUUAUUUAUCCUCAAUUAUGUAUGAUUUUAUUAUGAAAUUAGACAGUUAAAACUAAAAUGUUUUUUUUUUAGUAAUAUCAAUGAAUUGUAGUUCGUGUGUUAAAGAGCAGAAUGUCUGGGCGAUUGAAUUUUAAACAAUACUUUGACUCAUGUCAAUACUUUCCUCCAAAGCAAAAGAGUGCCUCAAUAAUUUACAUUCAUUGAAUGUAUUUUGUAAAGCCUUGUUCCUUUUUAUGAUUUGAUCCUUUUUUUUUAAAUACAUAAAUAAGAAUAUCACAUCUCAAAAAAUAUGAAAUUAAUCAUAAAUUCUGUUUUAAAUUAUUUGUGUAGUGAUAAUUAUUUUGGGUUCCAUGAAGCAUUGUUGUAUCAGGGUUUUACUGUGCAUCUUAAUAUUUACUUUUGCAGAGUAAGGAUUGUGUUAUGUAACUCAUGUCAUAAAAUUACAGAAGAAAUGAUAUAUUGAGAGAGCUGUGUAUAAAAAUUUUGUUCUCGAAAGUAGUAUGGACAAUGUUUUUGAUUUGAAAAAUAGUUUGAUUUUUGCAAUGUAUAAAUUGCAUAUUAUGAGGGUUUUUUUUUUUUUUUUUUUUUGUGUGUGUGUGUGUGUUGUCAUGCGUAUGCAUAAAGUUUUAUGUUAUUUAUUACUCUUUAAUGUAAUCAAAAAGAAAAUCAACUUGCCUACACUUGACCUUUUAUACCUUUGUUGUAUCACACUCACACAAAAAAAAGGAAGAAAAUUGUAAGCUACUUUUUUUAUCCACACGAAGUUAAUGUUUGAUCUUUUUUUCCCCAGAUGUAGUGAACACAUGCAUCUUUGUAUAAACAUUUAACUUUGUUCGUUGCUGUUGUUGGGAGGAGGAAGGUUGCCGUUCCCAGAAAUAUUUAAAUUAAUACUGUAAAGUUAAUGUAAAUUCAUUUCAAUCCACCACCUCUUUUCAAAAAGCUGCUGUUUAAAUUAAAACUAUGAUAAGUAAUCAAUUUUUUUGAUCUCACAUAAACUCAUUAACUAUAACAUCCACACCAUAAAAGGGUGCCUUCACCCAAUUUUUUUCCAAUUAAACCACUGACUAGGUGAAAUGUUACUUGAAAAAUUGAAAUUUUAAUUGUGAAAUAACAAGACAGUGAAUUGAUUUUUGUGUAUUUUGCAAUGUGAUAGUUAUUUUUAAGCAUGUGUUGAAACACAGGGACCUGUCUCUUUUUUCACACUCAAUAAAAUGUUUAUUAUAAUUUUACUUGUGUAAACUUGUGUAAAUUAAAUGCUUUCUAACAGUAGGUCUUGUAAUGCCAAUAAUACUUGACUCAAGGUUAGUGAGAAUGCUUCUCCCCAGUAAGCAAAUUGAUAGCUAGGAUUCCUUUUCUCAAAACAAAAUGGAGAUGUUACUAGAUUUCUAAUUGAAUUGACCAUUUUUAGGUUAGCACGACAUAGAUGUCUUUAAGAACAGCUUUUGUACUUAAUAUGUUGUAACACACGUGUCAAAGUCCUGUCAUCCUCAUACUUUUUGCUUGCAGCAGUCCUAAGGUGUGAGAAGUAGACUGGAUUUAUUAAAAUAAAUAAAAUAGCUGAAUGGCUGCAUAUUCCAAUCAAAACUUGCUUAUGUGGAAAAAAAAAAGAUCAAAAUAAUUGAUAGCUAUAUGUGAAUGCAAGUAAAGAUAAUUUGAUAGAAAAUAAAUAAACAUUGAUUCAGUGCCUUUUUUUUUACAAUGCACUUAUGUCUUUUUUUUUUUUUUUUUUCGUUUCUUCAUAAUGAUUAUUAAAUACAAGUAAAUUAACUAAUACAAAAAAUAAUUCAUUACUUUUUUUAAAAGCUGUUCUUUCUGAGUUUUUUUUUUUUUUUUUUGAAAUUUUUGCUUUAUGUGUUUGAACAUUAUCAGUAUGGUAACAUUAUUAGCAGGGUAUUAAACAAAAUGAAGAUUACAGCAGACAUUUGAACAAAUGUAAAAAAUUAAGAAGUCAAUACCAAACCUCUUUAUCUUUUUAUUUCCAUGCUGUGUGUUAUAAACUGAAAAAAUCUACCGCCCAGCCUUUUACAAAUUCACUGUUUAGAGCAUGUUUUUCUUAAUUACACUUUUGUAUCUCUUGUUAUGUAAGUUUCAUCACACAUAAUAAACUUUUGUUUGGAAUGACAUUUUUUUUCAGCUCCAUGCCCCAUCAUAUUCAUAAAAAUAAAUGACGAAAAGUGGCACAAAUUGCUCUAAAUAUUAAAAUACAUAACAGAGGAAUUGUGAAAACUUCAUAAAAGAAAAAAAAAAUACCUUGUGUUAUAUUUAGGGUAAAAAUGAUGUUAAGAGUUAAAGUUCUGCAAUCCUUUGCAGUUAAACAUAACUAGUUAAACGUAAAAUUUAUUAGAAUGAGCGAAAAAUACUAGCAUAUUUGUGGGGCCCAAGUUGUCUGCUUUUCCUCAGUACCAGGAACUUAGCAGUUUUGAAAAAAAAAAAAUUCCAUCUCUAAUUUACCAUCAUUCUUCCUGAUCUUGUUAAAUGAGGCACGUGUGACAAUUUUAACUUUGUUGCAUGUAUCAUUUGGUUGCAUCUGCAUAGGACUGAGAUUUUGACACUCGUGUGUUAGUGUAGUUACACAUUACUUAAUAAUUUAGGUCUUUAAAAGCUUCAAGUGUUGUCUCACAAUUUAAAAAAACAAUUUUUUAAUAUUCAUUUUUCAAUCUAAAUUUUAAAAAGAAGUGACAAACUAUCCAGUCUUGCUGAGUUUGUGUUUCUGAAGCUCAAAGUAACAUUAUCUUUAAUGUUUUGACAGCUUUUUUUUUUUGAAUCAUGUAUUUUGUUUUCUUUUUGUUUGAGUAAGCUCAUGUGUUAAACAACAUAAAUUUCAACUGAUCACUUUAACAUAGCAAAUGAUCACUUUAACAUAACUUAUUUACAUAGCAAAUGUUAAAUGUUUGUAUCUAGUGUGGGUAGUAUUUGCUUUUUCAAAGAUAGUAUUAAAUUUAAAUUUUCCAAUGUGUUACGCGUUAUAUCAUCUUUCAUUUGCAAGAGAAGGAUUGCCAAAGUACAUGUCCUUUAUUUCUCCCUUUGUUGGGAAGGACUUUUAUCACCUUCUUAAUUAAAAAAUGCAAGCACUUUUUUCAAGAAUCUUGCUCAAGUUGAAUCAUUUUUUAAAAGAGGUAAUGUUUUUUGUACAUAAUACUCCAAUCAUUUUUGCAAUUUGCUUGAACUGUAAAUAUAAUG